AUGCCUAGCAGCAGUGUAACCCAGCAGAACCAUUCCUCCAACGAGACACUGCUGGACACCUCAGAGAAGCUCCGCACCAUUCUUAUAGCCCUGUACAUCAUUGACCUGGCUGGUGGCACCCUUGGGGUCAUCAUGAUGUCCCACCAGUUGUUUCAAAGGAGACCACAAUCUGUGAUGACCGUUAUCAUCAUCAGCCUCCUGGUGCUGCACACCUUUAUGCUACUCAGCAUCCCCUUCCGCCUCAGCUGUUACAUUUUACGGGAAUGGAAGUUCGGGAAGUUUGCCUGCAAGCUAGCAAGCGCCAUCAUCUACCUCCACAUGUACACCACCUUCAUGUUUUACGUGGCUAUCAUCAUAAUACACUUCUUCCGACUCGAGUUUAGGAAGUGCUACACUACAACCGGGGUGGCUGCUGUCUGGCUGGUGGGAGUGUUGGUGGUCACUCCCGUUCUUCUCUUGUACUAUGGCACCUCUAGGACAUACCUCUCCUCGGAAUGCUUUCAGUUCCACAAGGAGAUACAAGAGGUGCCCAUGGUGAUCAUAAACUACUGCUUGGUUGGGAUUUUGGUGGCAGUUUGUGCUGUGCUCACUGUAAUCCAGUUGUCUGUGAUGUAUAGACUGGCUGUGAAAUACUGGCCUGACAUCAACUCCCAUGUGGAAUUCAGGGCUCAGGCAAAGGGUUUCUUCUUCAUCUUGGUAACAUUAGUGUGCUUUAUGCCUCAUCAUGUAUUCAGAGUAUAUGACAUCCAAAACUGCCACUUGGAUAAGGACCAUAAACUACUCCUAUACAAUGAAAUGUUUUUAGCUUUAACAACAAUGUGCUGCUUGGAUAUGUUGUGUUUCAUAGCAGGAAUAGCCCACUGA